AGGUACUGUACGCAGCGUCACUUUUAUGAAUGGCUGGAAGAACCCCACCAGAAGAUACAAGUAGGCCAUUACAGCCAUUAAGGGGCCCAUUCUCAGAACCAAGGUCUCAGAGAUGGUCUGCCAGACAGUACCCUGCCAGUCUGGACACGGAUUUAAGUUUGGCUGCUGAGUUGCGCCGAUCUGAAGAGCAGACUGGGCAAAGAUCCCUGCCAAAUAACCUGGUAAUUUUUUUGUUCAUUUUGUUUGUUUGGGUAUUUAAGCCUUAAGCAGGGCUGUGAUCAAGGGCCAGAGGCCAGGUACCGGUAUUUCCCCUCUGCUACUACGAGCAUGAUCCCUGGCUACUUUGUGAGAUACAUGUACAGCUGUAAUAAAAGGAAACUACAGAAAAUAAAGAAUUGUCUUGCUUUCAAAUUUACUGCUUACAUGUACUUGCAUAUACUCGGCAACUUGAAAUGUUAGUGGCAGCCUUGCUUCUGAGUUUGGCAUCAUUUUAGUUGAUUAUUGCAAAUCAUUUCUUUAAUGUCACCCAGACUCCCAAGGUGUCCUUUUUUACAGAUGACCAACUUUAUUUUUAUGCCUGGUGAAAAUAAUUUUUUUUUCAUGAUUCAAAGUGUACGUGUAAGUUGCAGCACAGUUUUCAUGUCCAUACAUAUGUACAAAAAAUAAUCUUACAUGUAAGAUGCAACAUCACUGUCUUGGUCUGCAAUUAUAAAACAAACAAACUAAUCUUAUAAUAGUGUAAGAGGUCUGUUACUAAAAUAAACAUUAUUUUUUGAAAUUUUGAUUGGUCUUUGCCAGUCUUAUAGCAAUUAAAAAUUAACCAUGUUAGUGUCACAUGUGUACAUCAAAGAUCUUGCCUUAACACAGACCUACAACUUAGGCAGAUGUAAGAUGCAUUGUAGUAUUAUUAAAGUAAUAAUGUUACAUGUGUCCAUAUUUUUUGCUGAAUUGGUAGGGCUGGUCAUCUAGAACAACUGCUGAGUCACCAUCCAGCAAGGCAGAUGCGGCCAAAAAGAAAGGCAAACACUUUGAACAAGUGAAACUGCCACCAAAGCAAAGCCUUAGCUCACCUACUUCAGGUGGUGCUGCUCCGUUUACUAGGAAACGGCAUCAUACACCCGCUACUAUUCCAAGAAGACGUCUGCCACCGGGUACUCCCAUUGCUGAGAGAAUGGCAAUGGAAAGUUUGAGGCAACAGCUGUCUUACGAUGACAGUGAGGUCAGUACAUCCAUGUCCUCUAUGCGGUGAGCUUGUAAUAACCUUACUUGACAGUUAUGGGGUGUGAAUGUUAUACAUGUCACCAUGCACUCGAUAUGUACAAUAGCACUUCAAAUUACUGUUAAAGAAGUAAUUAAGUAAACUGUAUUGGUUGUACAUGUAAAUGGUUAGUAUUUUAACGCUCUUUACUGCUUUGCCUAUUGAAUUGCUAACUGAAAUGUGUAAAUUGUUGGGCAAUGAUUUAGUCCAAAAAUAGAAAGCUUAAAAAUGUUAAUGAAAGGAAGAAAAACAAAAUUGAAUGUCCUGCAUGUACGUGUACAUGUUCUAGGACGUUAAACAGUGGAGCAAGAUUGUUAAAUUGUGGAGUAAGAUCAUUAAAUGGCUAAACUGGAAGCAUUGAUGGGUGAAUAGAAAAAGCACUUUCAAGUGUACCAGCAGGGGAUGAGGUUUGUCUUAUGCACACAACCCGCCAAUUUGUGUUGCUGGGGGGAGUGUAUGUCAUUAGAGAGUUUAAGCUUCACGGGAAAAGGCAGAUGUCAUAUUGAAGUCAAGAGAAUUUCUCAAAAUAGGAAAUGAGCAGAUUAGAACAGCUCAAAACAAUUCUUAUGGAUAGAAAAAUUAAUUGCGUGACUACUAAUUUAUGUGUAGGAAUCAUGAACGGUAAACAACAAGUGAAAGGGAAACUUGGCCAUGUGGUACAAAUUCAGGUUUAACAUAAACAUGAUACUUAACCUCUCUAUUGCAUGGCUGAGGGUCGAGGCUUAAUGAGAACUUGCUGAUUCUCAAAAAGCUAGAUUAAAAAGAAAGAGUUAUUAAAUGUUGCAGUGCUUUAGUUCAGUGGAGCCUCUAUUCAGUUACAUGUACAUGUAUUACCCUCAGAACUGAAACAAGUUUGUUGGGUGUCCUCAGAAUAGAGGUUGGGCAGGAAGUUUGUUGAUCAUGAACCAACAAAGACAACAUUAAAAAAAAUUAUCAUAACUUAUCUCUGCAACAUGAUAUGUUGAAUUCACACAAGUGUAGUACAUUAAUGAAAGUGAGUUUUGUCAGUUAUUUGGGAUGUCCCAAAGGUGAGGUUCCAUUGUACGAUAUGAUAUACAUGUACUGGAAACAGGGCAGGAAAAAGAUUGAAAUCCACUUGCCCAGUGGGCAAGUAAAUUUCAUUUUUUAGGCAAGCCAGUGGCAACAUGCAUAUACAAAGCAUUUUCCACACAGGUCAUUAAAAAGUAUUCAAGAUUACAGUCUGCCACAGCUCCCAGAAUGAAAGUUUUGUCGUUCUUGUAUAAUUUUAAAUUAUUUUUUUUAUUCUCUGUAACUGUAGCCUGUUCAGCAAAGUCCCAAAUCCAGGGCCACCAGACCUCAGAAUCCACCCUCAAGUACUGCAAAUAAUGAGAGACCCCUAGCCACGCAGUCAAGAGCACCUGCAUCUGCUAGUCUGCCUGUAUUGGAAAUGAAUGAGACUGAAACAGCAAGGCCUUCCACAGAGGGUGCUGUCAGCUCUGUCUCCAAGGUGACCUUUCUUUCACUUUGCAUCUCCCUGGUUGCACUUUGCAUCUCCCCGGUUGCACUUUGCAUAAUGCAAUAAUUUCAUGCACAAUAUUUGCAAUCUGGUAUAAUUUUUGAAAUAUAUAUGUAGGCCCAUAAUACGUGUGUUUUGUUACAUGAAAAAUGGCUAUUGACCAUGCUACAAGCAUCCUCCUUGAGCAUCUCUCUAUGUACACUUCUCUGUGGUUCUUCUGUAUGAGGAUAUAAACAUUAUUCUUUCAAACCCUUUGCAGUUUCAACAGUCUUGAAAAAGAUUAAACAUCAAACUAGUCUUAAUGCCCUUUGCCCUUUAAAACCAUGAAUCACAUUUGUGGUAAAUACUACAAGAAUUACACGUACAUGCACACCUUUAUAUUAUUAUUAAUUUUUAUAGGCGAAUAUGCAGUUACAUGUAACAUUUUUGUCAUUAAUUUUUUCUUGAAGGUCAACACAUCCUUAAUAAUAUCAAGGUUAAAUCAAGUCAGGGUAAGUGUGCACUGCUAAAUAGAUUAAUUUUUACAAGUAGAAUUUUCUCUUGAUGCCAAUGUAAGAUGUCAAAAAUUUAGUCAAUGCUGAAUCUUUUGCUUUCUCUCUUGUAAGACUGAACUCUGGAUGUAAUUCUUGCCAAAUGCUUCAUGAUUCCUAGUACUUGAUUCUUGACCCUUGAUUGAAAAAUUAAUGUACUUUUGAGUUUUUCUGUGCUUUAGUUUGAAAUUUAGCCCAUAUUUUUUCUCAAAAUUCGAACUUUUUUAUGCAUUGUUUGGUUUCUGGGCCCUUAUUCAGUAACUGGCAAAGAUUAUUUUGUCAUUACAAUGAUGAAAGCGAAUUUUGAUAGUAUGUACCUCAUGUAAGAUUUCAUAUAAUGUCCUAAGCCAUUCCCAUGUCAUAAUUUGGCGGCUGGGUCAAUUUGUGGGCAGGUAUCUGUUGCAUGACAUUCGCAGGCAAAAGAGAGUGCUGUAGCACUCACUUGUGGGGUAGCCAGAAACCUCGCCAUUUUAGUACCCUGUUUUGGAAGUUAGUCAAGGGGUUAAUCUUUUGUUUUCUCUCUUUCAAAGCUCAAUUCUCAUCGGUGACUGUUUCUCAAUUCUUGAAAAUCAAUUCUCGCAGAAAUUUAGAAUCAAGAAUGAAUUGGGAUUUGAGACUUUUAACAGACUGUCAACUUACUUUGGACAAUACUGAAUCCUUUAGAAGUACUGGAACUGUAUUUAUGGGGAACAUUAUGGGGAAUAAUAAGCUUCCUGAUGUUGGGUUGGGAAGGUCCUAGAUUUUUUUCUAUUAUUUGAUGUACAUGUGGUCUGUUUCUCUGUUUUAAAAUAAUCUAAUAUUAUAAAUGAUUAAAACCUGUAAGAUUAAAAUAUUAUGUGUGGCUAUGAUUUACAUUUAGUGUGCUUUGCAAGAAAACUGAAAUGUUUUAAGUUUUGUUUUAUUUCAAUGUACCAAAAUGGAAGGAAACAAGUUAAAAAAAUAAUGUCCUUAUCUCUUUUUUUGGUUUAAGGACUUUCUUAGACAAGCAACAGCUAUGUUUGUCACUUUGCAAAGUAAAAGUGUUGGUGACCAACAGGUAAACUACUAGCUAUUAAGAUAUUUUGUCCUUUAGUGUGCAAUAAUCAUUGUCAUUGUUAAUUAUAUUUUAUGUAUUUGUAUUGUUGUGUAUUUAUUUUUACUAAGUGAUUUCUGCCAAUGACAAAAGUAAUGUUACAUACGUAAAUACUGUUCAUUGUAUGUUGGCUCCUGGCAAGUAAUCUUCACUUUGUAAAGAAUAACGUAUCAGUGAUAACUUGCAAUCAGCUGCAACCAGGCAACUACAUAAACCUUUCUCCCAAUCUACAUGAUGUAGAAAUCAUUUUGCAGGCUCAUCUUUGAAACAAGGCUUUGGUGACAUCGUUGAAGAAAAAAGCAUUCACCAAAAUGCUUUGUUGAACUUUCUUUGUAAACUGUUGAUAUUUGAAGAAUAUAGUAAUUUUCCUCACUAUGAACCGUAUUUGUUUAAAGUCUGUACAGAGUAGUGAACUGAGUGAGCAGACGACUAAGAUUGCAAAGCUUAUCAGACAGUUGAAACAGCAAGAGAGAGCUUAUGUUGAACUGCUUGAGCGAUCACUGGUGAGUAGACCUCUGUUGUAAUACACAUAGUGUAAGAUUAUAUGUAUCAAUUACAUAGAGGAUAUUAUAUGGCCGUGCGGAGAUACAAAAUUUAUCUUCGAGUGUUGAAAAGUAUUUCAUGAGUGAGCGCAGCAAACGAGUGAAAUAUUUUCAACACAUGAAGAGAAAUUUUGUAUCUCCAAGCGGCAAUGUAAUGUUCUAUUUAUUAUAUAAACACCAAUUGAAUACCAAACCGUUUCACAGAAACAGUUUUAUCCUGUGAAAGGUGCGAUUUAUCAUGUAGCCAUAGCAACGGCGAUAUUUUCACAUGUGAAAAUAACAUGUUAUUUUCAUGUUUGAAGAUAUCAUGUUUUCGUGCGACAGCUCACCUGGUAUUUCAUUGGUGUUUAUAUAAUAAAGUAUGUUAUUUUAAUUGAAGGUAUGGCUCUUAAUCACAGGGCUAUCAAUAAUUAGGGCCCGUCGCUGGCCAAAACCGUCGGCUAGUUACCCAUCCUUAUGUCGUGGAAUGCCUGGGACAUUUCAACGGCAUAAUGUUCCCCUUCUUGCAUGUAUUCUGACGGAACAGCAUGGCAUACACAGUGGAAAAUACCUAUUGAAAACCCCUGGAAAUGCGAUUUUCAAGACUCUAAAUUUCAAAAUGUUCCUAGAUGCCUCCACCCUCCAGAACUUGUGCCUUUGGUGUGAGUUCCAAGGCUGUCUACUAUUCAUUAUCAGCUUGCUACUUAAAACUUUUUGAUAGCCCUGAAUUAUAAUAAUUUAUUAUUCUAGAUGUCCUCAUAAUUAUUUUAUUGACUGAUCGAGAUGAAAACCUUGAUUUAGUUAUAUAAAGGAUGGCUAAAGGGAAGAAAUGCAAAGAAAUGUUCACAUGUUAAGUUUUUUUUUAGGCAGUGGAACAUGAUUCUACAUUGGAAAACACGCCAUCUGUGAGUCAGCAGUCUUUAACAGAAGAGGAAAAGGUAAACACAGUAGAACUGUGGGUGAUUGAAGACAGAUACAAACCAUUGUAGCCAUCCAUUAAUACAGAACUGUCAUUAUCGUAAACUACUACUUCCUUUGUCUUGACUUUUACUUAAUUUUUUUUAUUUUACGUUAUGCUCUAAACUGCAAAGUAUACAGCUGUAUAAUUCUGAGAGCUGUGGUAUUUAUACAUAUACAUGUACAUGUAAAUGUGACAUGUGAUGAGACGUUACAAUUUUGUAGAUUUAUUAAAUUGACUUUUUCUUUUGCUUUUCAUCAGCAUGCACACAUGUAAGAAAUGCCAUACAUUGCAUAGCUACUAAUUCUAUACAUGUGCAUGGGGUAAUUGACAAUUUUCCUUUUGUGUGUACAUAUUUUUAAGCAGAGUGAAUCAGCAUCAAUACGAGAUGAAGAGCUUCAAGGACUUAGACAACAACAUGCACUGCUAAAGAAAAUGCUUGAACAGCAACAGCAGGUACAUUGUUGUAUUACAGACCAUUAACAUGCCAUUUGUUGUUUCUAAUAAAGAUGUCAUUAAUAGACCCUUCUACAGUUUCUUCAACUUUUGACAUGGACAAGUGACAAAAAACCCUGUCGACACCACUUGAAAGAAGGUCUUAAUAUUAGUAAGCUUACCAAGUUUGAAAGUGAUAUGUCUCAAACAAGCAAAGAUAUAGCUCUGCAAAGUCUCUCAAAUUUACAGACGAUUGUCUGUUGGGGGGCAAGUUGUGCACCCAUUAAAAGAACUUGAGAUUCUACUGUCUGAUCAAAGAACCAUUAUCUUUUAUAUCUGUUUUGAUAGCUAAAGGAGCUUCAGAACCGCCAGGCCACCCUUUUAACCCUUCAGCGUGAUGCAGAAAUGCGUUUGGCAGAAGCUGAAGAAGAGGUAAGUCAUUACAGAUUUUGGUGUGUUGCAGGUUUUAGUGUUAAUAACAGCUUAAUAAUGAUAAUGUCAUCAUCCACUAUUGCAAGAGCAGUGCUACGAUAAUUUGCAUUCAUUCUUUGUAGUAAAUAGAAAUUAUUACCAGAUACAUUAUUUAAAAUAUUUCUAAACAGCGUUAAGGUACGGAAAAACGGGCAACAAAAAAUGUGCGACUUGUCUAGCCUGCGUAGCAUGGCGGUUUUGUUGAGCCGGGCGGAGGAGCGGCGUAGCCGCGAAAUUCGCGUGCGAAGCGCGCGAGAACGAGCGGCGAAGCCGCGAGAAAAAUAAAAACCGCCUGCCCGGAUUCGUGGCCUUUUCAACUGCCGCCCCCUUCAACUCAUUUUGACAUCCUGUUGACAACUUGUUUGGUUUCAGUUUUCCCAGCCAAUUAGAAAUAAAGUGUUGACAGCCUAAACACGACACAAAAGCUCGUGAUAUAGUGUAAAACGUGACCUUGGCCGGAAUUGGAGUUUGCUUGAACAAACACGGGUUUUUUCUUUGUGGCUAUCUCGCACAUAGGUGACUACACUGCGUUCUAAACUUGACUGAGUAGAUCUUAUUUUUGCUGCACUAAGUCUUACAUUUAUUUAGAGGUCAUGGAGUUGGUUUGUUUAACCCGUAUUGAGUAAUUAUUUCCUGUGGUUAAUGUUAUUUUCGCUAAUUAGAAUUUGUUGAUCUCAGAUGCAGUUGUAAAGUACUAAUUUCUUUGACCACUCUUAAAGCCUAAAGCUUUUUAUUACGGCUAAAUAAAUAUUUUAGUUUCUUUGGUCUUUUCCGACUAAAAUGCCUGGAUCUGGACAACUACAAACCAAGGAGCCUUGGUUUGUAGUUUCUUUGUCACUGCUUUGUCCGUGAAUGUUUUGACGCUGGGCCCGGCUUUUUAACUGUUGUUUGCAGGAUGUUGUAUUUUUACGUAUAGCGCGAUCUUCAGAUUUGAGUUGUAGCUUAAGCUACACCAAGCAAAAAAGUAUGGAGAAUUACGCUGUGCGUCUUCUACCAUAUGCGAUUCAUCGACGACAAUCGCGGACGCCGUUCGAUGUAUUGCGCUGGAGUGCGUUAUUCUCUAACACCGAGUAAUAGAGAAAAUUGAGGUGAACUUUCUCGAAGCACUGAAAUUUACUGUUUCUGUCAUAAGGUCCAUUGCUUUACAUCUCAGCGACACCAUUUCAGAUAUCUGGUCCUCGGUAGUACUUUUUAGAGGGGAAAUUGUGAUCAUACAGGUUUUCGAUGAGGAUUAUUAUUUCUUCUUUGGCCAUAGCAAAGACAGUAAAGAUCAUGCUCUUGCCAAAUCUUGUUGACAAAAUUUCCAUGACAUCUCUCCUUUGAAGAAGACUGUAAAUGGCCAUUUCCUGUUUAGGCUUCAAUACAAUUGCCCUAUUUUCCCGUCAAAUAUUCAAGAUCGGCGACGCUCCGGUCAACGCUUCUUUGAUAUUUUGAUUUUGUUUUGCGGAGAUGAUUUGUUCAGUCCCUCGAAACUCUCCCAUGGGAGAUUACCAAAAUAUUUGAUUGACAGGCGAACAUUCCGAACCAAUCGGAACGAUCCGUACGCUGGCGUGCGGACCGACUCAAAAAAGCCCCCCGUCCGUGCAGGCGGUUUUUCAAGUUGCUUCCGCCCCAAUCUCCUCGCGGUUUCUCUGCCCUCGCCCGACUUUAUUACUUAGCGCGCCCAACCAAAACCGCCAUGCUACGCAGGCUACGACUUGUCUUGCAACAUUGCUUCAAAAUGAGUUGAAUAGCAGUGUUGUGUGUUUCACCACCCACAUCAAACCUGUCUGGCAACAAAUCAGGUUGUUAACAGGUUUGAACAUGGGUGGUAAAAUGCGCAGCAUCGCUAUUCAACUUGUUUUGCAGCAAUGUUGCAAGACAAGUGGCACGUUUUUUGUCGCCCGUUUUUCUGUACCUUUAGCAACAUUAUGUGAGACGAUUGACAUGCAAGUUGGGUAUCUUACUUGACUUUGUUUUUCUGCUAUAAUCAAAGUUGAAACCAAGUGCAAGGUUUAAAAGGAAAGAAUAAAAUUACUAUCUCCAGUUUGAACACACCAUACCAAUGUACAUUUUGUAUCACCUACUUACGUACAUGAAAAUUUGCACUCCCAACAUUGUCAAAGGGAUUAGAGGUAGGUAAAGCACUGGGAUACAGCAUUAAAGAUUGUUUUCUUCCAAGGGCCGGCAAAUCUCUGAUGAAGUUGGAGCAGUAGGUGGUGACGAUGCUGGAAUAGGUAACAGCAGAAGAGUGGCUGCGCCUUCUCAAGCUUCUCAGCAAGAGGCAUCUGCAUCUCAAAGAACACUGGAGGUAUUUUAUACUGACUGAUGUGGCAUUAAGUUAUCCCAGCAUACACCAUCCAACUUGGAGUAACAGUGCCAAAAAAAAUUUCUAUCGUGCUUAACAUAAAAUAAAUAGUUAUAGCAGUAGCUUUUGUUUCUGUCAAAAGUUAUUCAUGAUUUUCUACUUGUAGUACACAAAUCAUGUGCACUGUACGAUGAAAUCUUGAACCAUAGGUGGACACUUUUGACUUUUAGGGCACGAAAAGUGUCUGCCUGGGAUCAUGCUUAAAAGAGCAGAUUUUGUGUACAAAGUCCAGCUGUUCCUGGAUUAUCAAGACAGUGUAUUUCACAUGUCUCAUAAAGUUUCGUUGCCCAAAUUAAUGAAGUAAAAUUUUUCCUUUUCAUUGCCUGCUGCGCACUUUGGGCACAGUGUGAUGAACUUACCUUGUUAUGGUUAUUGGCCAGAUUUGACAUCUUAAGGGUUGAUUUUCAAAUUAAAAAAAAAUACUGGUUUUCCUUAUUAACAGGGGAAGAAGUAUAGAAUCUCCCUAAAAUUGGUGUUGUUUAAUUUGGUGAUGUUUAUUGCAACUGUGACAAGGUGGUAGGACACAAUGUUAACUGAUAUUGAUUCUCUUGUCUGACUUUUGUAGAGACCAAGUGUAAGUGGCUUAGAUGACAGUAGGUUUACACCUGAAGAGCUGGAGCUUAUGAAUCUUCUUCGAAAGCAUAAAGAGAGGGUAAAGCUUUCCCCUGGCAUUUUAGCACACAUUUAGUAUCUUGUGUAGCCUUUGAACUGCAAUUUGUUGUCAGAUUGUACUUGUAAUAGAUACAGUAAAUAACUUGUCUUGCUUUAUUGUCUUAAUUAACAAUUGCAAGUUAACUGCAUUACAAAUACGUGUACAAAAUGUAAUAUUAUGUACAAGUAGGGUAAAACUAAUGCUAAAAGAAUGUGGAUCACCUUAUCAAAGACAUCCCUUUUUUUAGUUACGAGGGGCAGUACUAGUGCAGCAUAAAAUCCAUGUAAACUGAAUGCCAUUUUUGCGACUGCUUGAAGUUAUUUUUUUCCCCAAAUGAGGUAUAGCUUUUUGAAAGGAUUUAGCAUUUUUGCUUGGGCAGAUUACUGAUUUGGGAAACAGUCUUCGCAGGUUAUUAUUUUUGUCUCAUAGUGACUGAAAUUCAGACCUGGAUGUUUGCCUUUACCUCUCCUACAUUGUUUGUUUUCUUAGUGGAGAGCUGCUGAUUCUGCAGACGAAAAGGAAAGGGAUGAAAGAGAGAACCAAAGGACAAAGAGGACAAACCAUGGUGCAGCAGUUCAAGUAAUGAUAGCAAACUUAGGGGAGAAAAUCCUGACUUCCUGGUUGUCAUGAAUAGCAAGUGGAAGUUUGGUGUUUCUCUUGAUGGGACUUGGUCUCAUCUCCAGUAGGAGAUGUAAAAACAGUGUCCUCAAUUAGUAUUUUUCUGCUGAAUACAUGUAUCUUCCAGUUGUUAUUAUUUUUUAUCUAGGUUCUCAUUAUUCUCAUUGCUUAACCCAUUCAUACUUCAGCUACCUGUAACUGCCAUGAUCGUAGAUCCAUGUCCCCACUAACACUUGUCACAUCAUCAGUCAUGGAAAACUUUUUGCCGAACAAGGUGUUUCAAACCAUACCCAAAUCAAAAUAACAGGCCACAGAAAAUGCAAAAAUUUAUGUAAACUUGACUAUAAAACUCCAAUGAAAAUGUUUCUCUGGUAGCCACCUGUACUUCCUUCAAACAUACGUGGCUUAAUUUAUGCAUUGAUUGCUUUUCAAUCAACACUGCCACACUAUGCCGUUCAGAAGCUGUGUUCACAGGUAAUUGAUUUUUGCAGAAUUGUAGGUUUUCCUGUUCCCCUCCCCGCUCCCUUGUUAUUAUUUUUUUUCUUUUGGUCACUCAAACGUUCUUACAGUAGCUUGAGUAAAAAUGUUCGUUACACAGACUAAACAUGCAUAGGCUCUGUAUGUUAGUUUAACUGGGACUAAAAUUAACGAAAAUGCAUACCUUCUUUUGUCUCUUAGGCAAUCCAUCCUGAAGUAAGCGCAGAGGCUGCAGAUAACGAGGUUUGAUACCCCAACCUUUUUUAUUGUCAAGUGUUAUUUUUUUUAUGUAAUUAAAUGUUUUUUUUUUGUGAUAAUAUUAAUUUUUAGACUUAAAAAAGGGAGAUUAAAACAACUGAGACUGUGCUAAAUGUAUCAACACCCACAUAUAUAAAGUUAAAACACUGUAAACGUUUGUCCUGCACAAGAACUGUAGUUGGUUGUCAGCUUUAAGUUGUAAGCUUGUGCCCUUUUUCAAAUAAUCUUGAUUGUCCUUUUAGGAGGCAGCCUUGGCUCUUGCUAAUGCCACACAAGAGAGACUAGAGCUUGAGAAUAAAUUAAUGGUUUUAGAAGCAAAAAAAGAGCAGAUGGACACCUUGUUAAGAGAGUUGCAGUCACUUAAAGAGGCACAACUAAGAAAAGGUACUUUUGUAUUUUCAAUUUACCUUGAGGUUUCUUUGCUUCUGGCAAACAUAUUAUUAUAGCAGUAGCUUAUAGCAGUCAAGGUACAGAAGCAACAAACCAGCCCUAUUAGGAACAUUUUAACUUGGUUAUUUUUCCAUCUGAUGCAGAAACAAAUUAUCGUCUGUAUCAGCAUUAACUCAGCCUUAGGGUAGCAUCAAUAUUUUGUAAAGUGGAGCUACUGUGUAUGUUUCUUAUUGAUAUUACUUGGAAUUGCAAUGUUUGAAUUAACUAUAGUUCUUUGGUUAUCUCACUUAAGAAUCUCUGGAAGCUGCAGGUGGUACUAGUUCAAGUGUAAAUGUGUCUAAACAAGAAGAAGAUGAGCCACUGGCCACAACUUCACAAAAACUGGAUGACGAGCGUAUUCUGGAGGCUUUAGAAGUUCACGAAAAACUUCAGUAAGAAUGAGAUUCGCUGUACAUGAACAUUGAUGCUAAAAAUGUAAUGCUUGCCAUUAGGGACUUUGGUAAAUUAAUGUAACUUGCAAGUAGUCAAAUAAAUUAUUCCUUGUUUGAAACUGUCAGGAUGUUUAUGUUUCAUUGUCUACAGCAGGUUGUAGUUUCACUGUGCCAAUGAUUAUGUUCUCAAAGGUCCAUUCUGUAAAAAACAUUAAGUGUUCAUGAGCAGAUAAAAAAUUAUGUACAUACCUUCCAAACAUUAACAACAUGCAUACAUACCGUAUGUCAGUAUCUGUACAAUGUUCCAAGCAUGGUUGAAUAACAUGUAUGUUUCCGGUCAUCUUAAUUUAAACAGAAAGCUACAAGAUGUAAGGGAUAGGUUAAAGCAGCUGCGAGACUUGAUAGGCCACUACCAGGUAAUUAAAGAGAUGUUUUUGGCUUGCUUUUCCUUUGUUUCUUUGUUUUUGCGUGCCUGUUUGUUUAAUUUUUUGUCCUUUUUAACUCUUUAAAGUUUAUGUUAUUCCAUGACAAUUGACAUUUCCCCGGAUGUGUGUUAAUUGAAUUAAACAUUGUGGAUUGUACCAACCGUUAUAGAAGCUGUUGUUUAAUGUCAUACCAACAGAUGUAGAAUGAUGCAAUAUAACCUAGCUACAGUGUAUUUGUUUAGAUCGCACCCAAUGGCUGUUUGCAUCAGAUUUUGUGAAUAACAAACUACCAAACAGUUGUUGGAAUUACACUAUAUUGUCAAGAAUGUUUGGUGUUAGUGGUCAAAAGUAGCAAUAACUAUGAUGUUGACAAUAACUUUGUCAAUCUCAGAUAACUUUGAUGAAUGGCCUCUUGAGGACAAAAACUACACUGAAAGUGUUGCCAAAUGGCGAUGAUUGCUUGAAAUGCAAAAGGCAAUGAAUGAUUUACCUGGCUCUCCAACCCACUUACACUUUGUUUUUGGAAAACAUAACCAAUAUAAAAGACUGUUAUGGAACAGCAAAAAGGCAAAAUACAAGAAGUAGAGGGCCAGAGAACUGGAAGAAAUGAAAGUUAUUAAUGUAGUUUUACUGAAACUUGGGGUAACUGUAGAUUACAAGAAUCAAUUUGUUUUUGUUAGGGUAUAAUCAAAUUGGUAUUACUUGUGAACUUUAAGUUUUGUCCGUCAUUGUCACAGUAAAUGACAUCAGACUGCUGGAUAACUUACGUUUCUGGCUUGGGUAAUGCCAUUUUAGACACCCAAUGUUCUUGUUUGUCAUCUGAAAUGUUCUCAACUGGGAAAUGUAUUUUUUUGCAUAAUUAUAUUAUAUAUAUUUUUAUUUAAUUUCUGUAGCCUUCACAAGGUGAGCUAAGCCAGAGACCAGAGGGUGUGCCACAAACUCACCCUGCAGUGGAACAGCUGAGCAUUCCAGUUCAGAGCACUGAGGAGCCAGAAGAACUUGAAGGUGCAGUUGGUGGAGCUAGUGCACCUGUUGAACAGGGCACGAGCAGCACUGACUGGUUAUUAAGUUCUGAUCUUGUCGAUCCAGAUCUUUUGGGGAAAAUAAGGUGCAACUCUUUAAGAAAUGUUUUUGUUGUCAAUGGUAAUUGUCCUAAACAUUUUAAAUCAGGAAAUAGAAAGUUGAAAAAAAUAAUUACGAAAAGACUAAGCCAUAAUGUGAGCCACUGUAGAUGAAGUGGAUGGACUCUUCAGCCCCUUUCCGUUGAAACGAAGAGAAAAAAUGAGAAGGAAAGAAAAGGGGGAGUAGACCACAAGACCUUGACAGUGACUCUUCCUAGUAUCACACUAUUAUUUACUGAAAUUUCCACCAGUGCCCGAUGUUAACCUUAAAAGCUGACCUCUUCUCCUCUGCAUGCUAGAUGUUAGGGUUGAGUGUUAUGCUAGUUAAACCAACAGAAAAUAUUGUUAACCUGCAUAAAAUGCCCUGAGACCUCUUUAUAUACAUGUAGACACGAACACCCAGAAAAUGUGCUGUAAAAUUUGACUGGAAAAAGAUACCUUACAAUAUCCAAGUAUUUGCUACUUUGUUCUUUUCAAUUUUCUCACAGACAACUUCAAGAAGCAAGAGCAAGGGUUGCUCACCUAUUCAAACAGACAAAUGAAAACGUUCAGGUUGGUUGCAAUGAUGUGAUCAGAAAUAAAUAUAAGCUUAAACAACUGUAUUUAAACUACAGAGAGUUACGCUAUAAUGAACCGCAAUGAGUUGAAACAUUAGUUUGCUACAUUGUUCUACAAAGCAGGGUGCAAAGAAAAACAUUUUUACAGCUUGCCAUUUGGGCAAGCUGAAGCUAACAUAAACUAGCCCAAAUAUCAUUUCAACUAGCCCCAAAAACGCUCUGAUGAGCAGAUUGAUUUCACAGUUCUUCUGUAAUUUGAAUUCCUCAACAAAAUUCACUCGCCCAUCGGGCAAGUUAAUUACAGAAUUCACUAACCCGAUAGCAAAUCCACUAGCCCAAUAAUUAUUGGCCUUUACUCGAGCGAUUAUAGUAAGUGAAAAAUGCCAUAGUAGUAUACGCUACAGAUAUUGCAGUAUCACACACGUUUUAUACAUUUAAAUUUACCAUAAUGGACGCAAUUUACACGAGAAAAUUGGGUUUCUUUGCAGUUGGUCCCAUCAAGAGUAAACAAUGAAGAUGUUCAAACACAGACUACUGAAGAGGAAUCUGAGCCAGAGUCACAGACAGACACUGACGUAGAGAGCGCUGCUAGUUCAAGUGUCAACACUUUAGCAUGGCAAGAUGAUCCUGAAUUUCAAGCCAAAGUCAAGUGAGCAAUUCUUUAGAUGGUUUCUUUGAAUAAUGCGAAUGGCUAUUUUAGGACAGGGAAAUCAACAUUUUUCGUUGCAUGUAUCCAUUUCUGUCUUUGUAAUCGUUCUCUUCUGUUCUUCUGUAAUUUAGGAAACUGAACUCUGCAAAGCAGAAACUAAAACAACUCCAGGAACUUGUGAAAAAGAUACAACAGGUAUUUGCUUUUUAAGGAGAGAAAACAUUUGAUAAUGUUAGGGCUAUGUCAGUACUUAACAAUAGAGACACAACAAAAGUACAAUUUUAGUCCACAUGGUUUGGAAUACUACAUCCAUUUGUAAAUUGUUGUCCUUAGUCUUCCGAUAUUACAGUCUUGAAUGCUAGUCUGUGGCCAACUGUUGCCAACUUGUUUUUGGGAAACUAUCAAGGAACUUAGUGUUUUUUGAUUCUGCCGCAAUUUUUGUAAAUCUCACUUUAACAGUGCUUUCUUGGCUAAGAAACUAGGAAGUCCCACCGUAAGAGCAUCCCCAAUGUGUGCCAUUUGGUCUGUCAAGUGAACCAGUGACUUUCCUGACUGCAAGCAGAAGGCUGUAUAGUCAAUGUGUAUCUUAAAAUAACCUUCCAGCCUUACAAUUAUAAUUUAAAAGCCAAUUCAUACUGCGGUACCACCUGCAGUGCCAGCCUCCAUGUUGAUGUUAUCAGUAUUUGACUGUUUACUGCAAUAAAGGAAUCAAAACUGUGAAAAGCAUUAAACUAUAAAAUAUAUAUACUGGUGAUAUUUCGGAUGAUGUCUGUAGUUCAAAGUUUCAAUAUUAUACUUUGACUCAGACCAUUUUCGAAAUGACCCAAUUUAACAUGUCACAUGGUUAAUUUCUAGAUUGAACACUGUUUGGUGGUACACGAUCAUGUUACAUCCAUAUGUUUUCUCUUUAGUUUCCAGACUCAUCACCAGCUUUACCAGCAGAGCUAGCAGAACUAAGUUUUGAUGAUGAAGACUUUGAUGAUGAAGAUGAUGAUGAUGACGAUGAUGAUGACGAUGAUGAUGAUGAUGAUGACAGAGAGGGAGAAGAUGAGGAGGAAAGAGGUGAAAGCAACAGAUCUGAGCCUUCAGAUGACAAUGAAGGCGUUGACAUUCAAAAUGAAGAGGAGGAGGUUACUUCAGCUACUGAAGAUGAGGAGGCUGGUGGAGAUUCCACUUCAUUAAUCAGAAACGGGAUGCUGCAGCUUGAUGGUUGGUGUUUAGAUGAAAUAGAGGCAGCCAAAAUGUUUUAAGACCUGCUUAAGUGGCACUUUUUAUCAUAAAUACUAAUAAAUUUUAUUCUUUUCCUCAGCAGGAAGCGACCAAGAAGCAGUUUAUCAAAGGUAUUUGCGCAAACAAACUGAAGAGCUGGAGCAGCUGCAACAAGAAAGGCAGAGGUUACUGGAGAUGCAGGAGGAGCUUACAAGAAUGAGCCAACCCUCCAAACCCCACAUUACAGUGGCAACCCAGGUAAAGAUGGUGGAAUCAUAUUAUAAGUACUAAAUCAAUUCAUGAAAGAUAAUGGUGAUUAGUUCAUUUAGAUUGAGAAAAGGUCAAGUGCAACUUCUUCGUGUAAGGGAAGUCGUGUCUGAUGGCCUGGGACCAGUGGACUUUAUGUUCUGACUAGAGAAUUCUGUUCUUAACGUUCCUAACGGGCAAGAAAAGCCCGUGGAGGGAACAGUCAAGUCACAGAAGUACUGAAAGACAAACGUUUACAUUCCAAAUCAAUUCAUGUGGAUUGAAAGCUGCAUUUCAUACUGGUCUAAGUGGAAUUUUUACAGUUAUUAUUAAAAUUAGUGAAGCAAGUGAUUAUAAUUAUUAUACUAUUUCACAGUUAAGGGCUUAGUACCAUAGCCUUCAAGUGAAUGCAAGGCUGAGGUGGACCUUGUUUUUAUACAAACCUCCUUUGUUUUCUUAUGGAAGUUACUAGUUAGAAUAAAAACAACAAGAUUCACAUAAGAAAGAAGAAAGCAUUGUAUGAAAAGAAAGUCAACUCCAGCCUGGUUUCCAUACAUAACUGUAAAGUGGCCUAUGGUGAUUAAUAAUUUAUCUAGACUUGGGACGAGUUGACCUCCCAUAAGUAAUUACUGUUCUUAAAAGUGAGUGAAGUGAGCUUCAAUGCAUGAGGUCGCACAGUGACCGAGCGAGCGACAAAGUCUCGAGGUUGACUUGUUUCACCUUAAUGAAUUUGAAUCAUAUAAAUUCAUGUGGGAAAAAAGUGUUUGACAUUAUGCUGUGUCAGGAGUGGCGUGAAAUAUUACUCACUGUCUUAUUGGUCAAUUGUCAUGACGUCACGGAUAGAAUUUUUGACUGGUGAAUUUCACGCCAAGCAGGUACUAAAAGUCGUUUAAAAUGGCAUAACCAACCAGGAAAAACAGUAAAGGACUUUUGGAAAGUCUAUAAUUUAUCCUGCUCAUCAAAAUUAAUUCAGGGCCAGUACAUGCUAGCUACAGCUUGUCUGAAUUGGUUGCUCUUGAACUUAUUUUCUUUGCACACUGAACUUAAAUGAUAAAUUUCAUUGAAGCCAAUGUCCAAGCUUAAAGUUUUUAACCAGAGAAAUGCUUAAUGUUACUUUAGAUCUGUUCUCCAGUCACUUGAAUAGCUUCGUAGUUCGUUAAAUUGUACAAAUUAAUGAAGAUUUUUCUCGCUCAAAAUAUUAGUGCAUGUCAUAUACUUUGGAGACAAAAAGUUCAGUUUGAUGGUUUUGUUGUUGACGUCCUUUAAUUCGUUAUGUUACAUUUUAGACCACACGAGCACAGGCUCAAAAGCCAGAGACGGGCGGAUCUGUAUUCAGGCAUGAUACUUUCACUAUCAGUCGAGCAGAUGGCUCCAAGAGACCAAUUAUUCAUCGGCCCGUCAAUAGAGAAAUGUCAACGCAGACACCAUUCUAUGGAAGUGAUCUGAGAGCUGCAAGAUCUGUGGACUCAAAUGAACCUCCAAGAGGUGAAUUAGUCGUCUUUUGUUUUCUGUGUAUUAGGUGGCAAGGCCUUUUGUUAAGAAAUAAGAUGAUAGAAAUGUGUUAGUGAAUUUUAAGCCUGGUGAAUACAUAAGAAAAAUGUUAUUCAGUUAGUGACACAGGCAGUUUGCCAGUUGAAAGAAAACAUCCGAGUAUUCCCAAAAGAAGAGUAUCAGAUCAUCGUGCAGAAUCUAAUUCAGUAGAAGUUAAAGUGUAUUGUUAAGCUUUUACUACAUGUAUACACACACUGGAAGAUUUUUUAAAACCAGAGUGUGACAUAGACACUAAAAUAUGCUAUAUCAACUUGUAGGAACCUUUAUUUGUAAGAUUGGAAAAUUAAUUAAACUUUUGACUAAACUCAAACCCGUUAUGAUAAAACCCUCUGUUAUAACAUUCUAUUGUCUGUUGGUGUAUGUCACUUUUACCUGUAUAAAAACGAUUGUCCCCAAUAAUGUCUGUAGGAAUGACGAAACAAAAACAGUGGUAACAAUAGUUAGUCGCGUGCUUGUAGUGACACUUUUGCAUAAUAAUUGUUAUUUUAGCUCGUCCUAGUGCAUUAGUUUGGUCAGAACUAAGACGCCAAAGGGAACUACACGAAGAAAAGCUUAAGAAAAGAAAACAAAGGUUCUUAGAGAAACGAAAGAAGGCUGGCUUGGAUGAUGUGUCAGAAGGUGGCACCUACUCAGUUCGAAGCGGCAGGAGUGGGGAUUUAGAUGAAGGGUUUGGAGUGAGUAUGAUGAGUGCUGAUAUCACUACAGCCACAUGGGGAGGUUCCACCCAACCUAGCAGUACACAGAAUGACUCUGCAGUGUCAGCUGAUGGCUCUGAUGAUGAAAAUCAGGGAGGAGAGGUACGGUUUCAUAAAAACAUGAAUGUAAUGACAUAUAUUCACGUCAGACGAGCAAAUUUCUAUACCAAGCCUCGUUUUCAAAUAAUCUUCUUGCGUGAAUUUGAGAUUGCCCGUGUGAAAUUUAUAUAAUGUUCAGUUCUUUUAGUCAGCUUUUUUGGUUAACUGCCUCUGCGAGCGAUAGGCUCAGGGUUGAAGUACUUUUUAAAGUUUUCUUUGAGGCAGGUUGUGAUCAAUUGCUUUGUAGUGUAUCAUUAGAAGUCAUAGCUAUAUUACGUCCUGUUUCCUUUUACUGCAGAUUGCAGUUGAAGUAGAAGAUGAUUUUCCUGAAGGAAUUGUACAGGCGGAAGAAGAAGAGGAAGAACAGCUAGAAGCAGGAGUGGCUUUCUCUGGCGGUGCUGAGGCUGUGUUCCGGAGCAGGGAACGAGUGCCUCGCAUGUCUGCUUUCAGAGACAGUGUAGACAGUACCUCCCAAACAAACAGAAACAAAAAGAGGAAGCUAGAUAGUACAAUCUUAUCAGGUCAGUGUCACAAUUGGUUGGUGGUCUUGAACAGUUCCUUGCGGUCAUGCAUUUUUUAACAAACAUUUCAUAAGUGCUUUUGUUGUACAUCUUGAGCUGUCAUUCUGUGCCCUUAAAAAUUGCUUUUUAUUGACUUGAUCAAACCAGCUCGGACUGAGUUUUGAAAUCUGUACCAUAAUUGCUUAGCUACAAAAACCCAACACCCUUUUUGUCAGUAGUUUGAAAUAAUAACCCAAGCAGAUGUCUGAUUUUGGUUCCCAACGUGCUCUAAAAGAUCUAACAUUUUGUUCCCCCUUAUACGAGAGGAACGUGUACGAAAGUACAAGCACAUGUAGACAGUUAUCUUUUUAUUUUUAAAACACAGCGCAUAAUAAUAGAAGUCCUUUUGCUAGUGUAUUUUUGCCUUCAGAUUCAUACAAGACCUGUUGCACCCUCGUAAAAUUGAAUUGUUAUUUGUUGGGUUGCGUUUUCUAUGAACUUUUCCCUGUUCGACUCACACAGGCGGAGCCCGUAAAAGAGACCGAGAAAGAGGCCUAACAUUUGAAGAUUGGCCCAGAACUUUCUACUUCGACAGGAAUUCCAGAGGGAGGAUAAGGCAAGAGGUAUAGUCAAGGUUUCAUCAGUAAGAACGCUCAACUACGCUCUAAGACAGUGGAACUCUAAAUCUGUUUGUAAGGUGUUUAUUGUAAAUAGACAAAUAGUGUUCUAUGCCCCAUUUACACCAGCUAAACAAUUAUGUUUAAUUAAACCAGGUUUUAUAAAAUGAAAAGCAGACAGGUUGAAGCACAGGUUUUUACACAGGAUUCAAAUGAAAUUCAACAUCCUUCACAUGCUUUGUAAUUUGCUGUAAAUUUGCAAUAAACUUAAGUCAGUAAGCCGUUUUUAUAACGAAAACAAUUUUAAACCGUGUUAAACAGCUUUUAAACAUGUUAUAGCUUUGGUGUGAAUGGGGCUCCAGUGGGGGCUGUGAGCUGCUUUGACGCUGUUGACAGCAAACAAUGUUUAGAUGGGAGAGUUGGCCAAGUGUAAACACCUUGAACUUAGUUUUGUUAUACACCUGACCAUUUAAACUCUGCUCUAAUAACCUAUCCGUUUAGUUUAUUGACUUUAACGUCAGGCAGAGGGUGGUAUUUCUUAUCAUGAUAUUCUAUGGAAAUGGCUGUUUUCUAAAGAAUGCUUAUUGGGUGAAGGGCUUUGCAGAUCCUGCUCUGUGUUUGUUGUAUAGAGUAAUGGACUACCCUCGUUCCUGGGUAGUGAAGUUUGAUACCGACUACCUCUCAUAAGCCACCCCUCACCCCACCCCACUCAUCAUCCCCCGCCCUUCGCGUUCAAAGGCCUCUCCAUUAGUCUCUCUUGCUACCUGUAAACAAAAAAGUACAUCCGUUUAUUAGCCCUGCUAAAGGCAAGAACUUAUAAACAGCAGUUUACGGUAUGUCGAGAGUUUUUCUGUCCAACUGAAGAGCUUUUUUUUGUUUUAAGAAUUUUACACCUGCUGAACAACUCAUCAAAGAUCGUGAACAGGAACAGUUUAACAUGGAGCGUCAGGUUUGGGAGCAGCAUUGUGAGCGUCUCCACCAGGAAGUGGCCAACCUUACCACCCUGUGUAAUGACCUUCUUAGAGACCAACAGAUGCUAGUGUCCACCGUGAUUAGUCGAAAUGUCACAAGCGGUCCGUCUCCGAGUUCGGCUGGUUUCCAGAACAUUUCCAGCUCGGGGAGUGGUCUCGGUAAGCUUUUUCUUAUAGUAGUCAUUAUAGAGCGUUUUCACAUGACGUCACGGUACCAUAAUGACCAUAUCGGUGUUCCAAACCGAUGAAACGGCGGCCAUGUUGGUGUUCCAAACCUAUGGGAUAACCAUCUUUUAAGUUGGUGACUAUUGUUUCGAAAAGUGCACAGUGUAAUAACGUCAGUCGCACUCCCAUAUAUGUGUGUAAAGAUAAAGAAAAGCUACUUAAAAGAGGCCAUUAUUGUUACACAGGCUCUGAUUUAUUUAUUUGGUAUUUUGGUUGAUUUUUCAGUACUCUAGCUCUCCUAAGGCUUGGUUUCCAAUUGAAUUAAACUCAUUUAAUUUUUAAAAUGUCUUUUGGCCGAAAUGUUUAUCCUUUCAGGGAAGUUUCAGGGAAGCUGCUGUGUAUUGUAUCUUGUGCCUACUCUCAGCAAAUUUUUUGUUUAGGAGCCGUUUUAAUUCAUAUCAAUUAUUUUUACUUGAACAAACGUGUCAUCUGUGCGAGUUUCUUUUUUUGUUUGCAUUCACAUUACAGGCAGUAACCCAUUUGAGCAGUAUCAGCAAAGGCAGCAAGAAGCGUAUCAAGGGCUCCAAAGCUUCUUUGAACAACAGCGCUACAUGCAGCAGCAGCACCACAUACUUCAAAGCCUCAAUCAGUGUUACUCCCAACUUCAGCAACAGCAUCAAGACAUGGCAGUUCUUCAACAGCAAUUCCAACAACUCUUUUCAUACAACCCCUCUUCGGCUCUCAGUGAAAACUACCCCUCACCUCAAAGGCCUUUCACGGCGUCCCCAAACGAUGCUAAUACCUCUCCGAUGUUUAUGAAUCUGCCAUUUCACAGUCCACAACAGCCACCCUUCUCGGCUCCAGUGAAUAGUCAGGCUUCUUUCAGUAAUACUUAUCAGCCUCCUUCUUCGGCACCUGUAUUCAGAGCUGCUUGGCAUCCUACAGUUGGUCCGGUUAGUUGCUCUGAAUCUUCACACUGAAAAACUAAAGAAGUCGCUCUUUGGAAUAGAUAUGCUUUCAUGUAGGCGUUUUCGUCGGGUUGGCGAAUCUUUUUGUUCGCGUAUUCGCCAUGUGAAAUUCUAAAAAAAAAUCAAGGAGUCGUGGCAGCCUCAUCCGAAGGGUUGCUGUUUUCUACAUCCCCAGUCUUGCUUGAUGAUAAAUGUCGGCCACGACAUAGACCGUGCCACAGUUUUUUUUUUUUCAAGUUUUGAUAAAGACCAGUAAACAAAUAUCCAUCGGCACUGCUGGAAAGAGCGCCUUAAAAGUAGGAAACGUACCAAGUUUUUACCAAGUUUUUACCAAGUUUUAAGGUAAUGUGUCCACCACAGCAAGCGAAAAUUUGCGUCACAAAAUCGCGAAAUAUACAGACGUUGGUAUGGUGGAGGCACGAACUGGCCCUGACCUUUGAUCGUUACUAUUAAUAUUAAUUUAACCAUUGUUUUUGUUUGUUUGUUUGUUUUUUUAUUGUUGUUUUGCUUUGCAGUCCACCGCGUCAACUACUGAACGAAGGGAAAACACCCAACCGUCUGGGAGCAGGCGAGAACCUAUUCAGGAGUCUUUUGGGUUAAACCCAGACACAGGCAUCCCAAGUCCAAGGGCUACUAGGUAUCGCGGCCAUCCUGUUGAACCUGCCCCUCCCCCAACCUCCUCAGGAUUGGCCAGUUCUGUCAAAGUGGUUCGAGAAGUAGGUGCCAGCUCAGCAGGGGUGGGCUUAUCACCUGCUACUGUUAAACAGAAGCGGAAGUAUGAUCCCAGCUCAUACCAAGGUACGUGUGUGUUUGUUUAUUGGUAGACCCACAUGUACAUAGGGACACCAAAAAUUCAAGUUGUAAAAUCCAAAAAAUAAUGGUUUGCGUUAGAAAAAUAUGGGCUGCGAUUUGAAGCGACGCAGUUACCCACUCUUUUUUGUUUGUUCUGCUGAUUUGGAUAUGCUUUGUACCGGGUCGUACACCCACUGUGUCAAAUUUCAUAGUUAAUGGUCAUGCUCAAGACUUCCACCCGGGUGGGUUGUUUGAGUGGUAAGCACCCAUUAUCUCCAAGAUAAGAUACGUGCAGAAAGUGUCUUGUCAAAACCACCCAAUGACCAAUGUUUUUAUCUUGUUAAGUGGCACGUGUUUUAAGUUGUGCUUUUAAGUUGUUACCGAUUUAGAAUGUAUUGUUUUAAAGUUUGACGCCAAAUAAAGCUGCUCAUUUAUAAGUCUCCGUCGCAGCCGUUCUUUGGCACUAAAAACGACCUGGUAGGAGACUACUUAUAUAUAGCAUAAUAUAUAUACGGUAAAUACAGACGGAUAGCAACUGUUAGAUAGUCGAGUGUACUUUGGCUGUUUGUCAGCUUUUUUUGAAAAACCUUGUAGAUCUGAAGUAAAGAAUUGCCACUGUCAUACUCGAAGAACUAUGCUGCCGCCUCGGCAAUCCAAAAUGGUCCAGUUCUAAUUGAUGAGCUGACUGCUCUACAUAUUCUGACGAUAUACAUUUAUCUUUUUUGAUUAUAACUAUAAUAAUAAUUAUAAUUGGCAAGGAAUCUCUUAAUAUUAAAGGGGCUUUGUCACGUUGUUUACUUCAUUAUGUUUUGAAAUAAUGUCAAUUACGCGUCGUUAUUCGUUAUGGAACUUGAGAAAUUACCUGUGAAUGGCAAAAUCACAGCUUAGUGUCAAACAAAAGUCUCCCAAGCAUUAAAUCAAUUGUUACAAAAAACAGCAAUGAAUCUUGAAUAACUGUAAGGCUAACAUGUUUUCAAAUACAGUUGAACCUCUCCACAGCGGACACCUUGGAGCAGAAGAAAAUGGCCGUUGUAGAGAGGUUUAAACAAGAGUCAAUGUAUGGACUGUCCGCCAAAAAAAAAAUAGCCGUUGUAGAGAGCUGGCCGUUAGUGGAGGUUCGACUGUACCACGGUUGUAAUCCUUUUCAAUCGUCGUCAACUUCUUCCAUCCCUCCCUCCUUUUUUUGUAUUUGCUGUGUAUUUUACGCCCCCUUUUCAUGUUCUGAACAGUUUAAAUUUAUUUAUGCUACUCAGUUGGUUAGCGGUUACCACAGUUUUAAUUAUGAUAAUUUUCGUGACACGGCUUCUCUAAUCUAAGUUCCCCAUCGGAAGGUUUCCUGAAAAUUAAAAGUAAGCCUUGUUCACUAGAACUGACAGUCACAAGUGCCGCUGCUGCCAAAACAGAGAGUACCACAGAUGUGAUUGGUCGAACUUUCAACACACCACUGAGGGCUUCGGCUGUAGCUGACCUUGCGCAGAAAGAUAAAUCAGCACAGAAAAGCACUGGAAUUUUAGUACAGAAGUUGGUGGCUGAGUCAGUGGAGACAUCUUCAAGGGCCUCCAGUGUGCCAGGAGAUGUUCAGGAUGUGACUAAAAGGUACAGGGUUUCUUUCUGUUUGUGGUUCUAAUGUAGUAUUAAAUGUGAACGUUAAGGUCCGUAGUUAGCGUUUUCGUGACGCAAAAAUAAACUAUUAAAGAACUAACAGCCUUCCUGUUAGUAAGCGGCCAACUGGGUGAAGUUCCACUUAUUUUCGCCUAAUUCAGCUUAGGCUCAUUAUUUGUAAAUUGUUUGGGUGUAGCCCAACUAUUUUUCUUUAUUGUAUAAAGCAAAAGAAACUCUUCAUGCAGACAAAAUUUGUGGCAUAAAGACGGCAUUUAAGUGAAAAAUGACUGGAGCCAUUCCAUUAAAAACCCACUUUUUUAUUAAUAAUUAAUAAAUUAUUCUUUUCUCCGUAGCUCUUUGCAAGAGCCCGAUCGGUAAGUUACUGUAUUUCGUGAUAUUUUUUUCGUAUCCUUCUUUCUGUUCUCAUUCAAUUUAUCCUGGGAAAACUGCCGACCGUUCGCGACGCUACCACUGGUUUCCCCGCGAAAUGACGCUGAGGAACAAGCGUAGAAAUUUCAUACUAAUGACGCGUCGAUUCCCAGGACUGGGUAUAGCUAUUAAUUGGUUGUGCCGCGAGGAAAAUUUGCUUCAACCAAUCAGAUUCACAAUCCAGAUCUGAGUGUGACGCGUCACCAGUAUGGAAUUUAGCGUGAGAAAACAGACUUCAUUUCGCUGGGAAACCGGUUUUUGCGUCGUGAAAUGUCGGCUGUCUUCUCAGGCUAAAUUGAGUCAAGCUGAAUCAUGUUUUUCUCUUCUCCAUUCUCACAGAGCCUCAGAAGCUGGUAGUGAGUUUUCCCUCUUUGAGGCAUUAAGAGAUUCAAUAUAUUCUGAAGUUGCGACUUUAAUUUCUCUUAAUGAGUCCAGACCUCAUUUUCUGGUAAGACAUCUUCACGUUCGCUUUUCUAUAUCCCUUACUUGAUUGUUAUUUUUUCUAUGGUUUCGUUUGGUGUUCCCAAUUUCUAUUGUAAUGUACUUCAGUUCAACGUCUUCACAACGGCCACUUUGGGGAGAAUCAAUGUAUGGACUGUCCCCCGCCCACCCCCCCCCCCUAAAAAAGGGGCCGUUGUACCCCCCCCCAAAAAAGUGGCCCUUGUGGAGAGGUGCCCGUUUGUGGAGGUUCGCCCGUAGUUGAAAAGAGCAAGAUCAGUGCUGAACAGUGUUGAAUUUUGACAGAUAAAUUUUGAUUUUCUUAUUUUGCAGCUUGAGCUGUUCAGGGAGCUCCAGCUGUUGACAUCAGAUUACUUGAGACAGCGGGCUCUAUACGCCUUGCAGGACUUAGUGACGAGAUUUUUAACUGAAGACUCAGUAGUAGGUGCCGAAGGAGGAGCACUGCAGCAGGCGGUAAGCGCUUAACUACUUCUAUUACCUUGUAUCAACUUAUUAAAAUUCUUUUUGCGCUCUGAUUGGCCGUUAUUAAACUACCAAAUUGUAGACUGGAAAUCGAGAAAUGUCAUGCUCCGUUAUAUUACCAGAAGGUGCUGUUAUAUAUGCAUUAGCAAUACGUAUUCUUGUGAGACUUAACGAAAACAAGUAAAAGACUUACUCUCGAUUUCUAUCAGUUUUUAUCGUUGGAGCAAAAAUUACAGUGGACUCCUGAUAACUCGAAACUUCUAGGGAAAUCGAAAAAAGUUCUAGUUCGAGUUAUCGGGAGUUCGAAGCAAAUAACCGAAAAUAAGGAAAUGGAUGGGGAAGGACUACAACUAUCAUGCCCCCGCCACUCACCCUUAUUUUUAGACCAAACUGAGGUCCGAAAGGCCGAAAAAAAAUUUUGGAGACCGGGGCUCCCCUCCCCUUAUCCCAGGGUCUGGAUGACCCCCCCCCCCCCCUUUUCUCAAGGUCUGGAUCCGGCACUGCAAUGUGCCUGAUUAUAUUCAGACAUCGUUGAACACUUUAUUUGAAACUGGGCUGACUUAAAAAUAAAGACAAAGAAUACGCGGUUGUUUUAAAAUGUGAAAUAAAUGUAAUGUUUCGGACAUCAUCACACUUUUUUUUCGACUUGUCACCCGCUUAAAACAUGGGUCGAGUUAUCGAGCGUGAAAUUACAUAAAAAACGAAUUUAAGGGGAAAUCCAGGGGAAAUCGAUUUUGGUGAGAGGUAGGCGCGAGGUUCGAUUUAACGAGGGUUUGAAUUGAGGGAGUCGAAGGACUCCACUGUAUCCCUGACUCCCACAUUCAACAGAAUAGUACCAGUGACUUAAACCUCGUUUCAGAUACCCAGUCUAAUUAUCGUUCUCCUUUCUUAUCUGUUUAAUAGCGGUUCCAGGAAUGGCUGGGCUCUAACUCAGAACUGACUCCAAGUGAAACAGUUGAGACCUUUGAAGAUGACGAAUCAGAGGUAGGGGUUGGUACCCUAGAGGUGGCAAAAUGUGUUUCGACGUAGUGUUAAGGUUUCUUGUGUGUAAAAAAAAGUCUACCUUCUGCUCCUCUAUUUUGGGUCACGUUUUCGUUUCUGUGUAUGCAUGUAAGUAAAGCCUCAUUUACCAGCACUUUCUUUGCGUGUAGAAAAACGGGACAAGGAAUGAGAAUCUUUGAAGCCCACUUAUCAAAACGAGGACCAAACGUCAUGGCUUAUUUUAGUAUUUUAUUUUAUUUUCGUUACGUUUUCAAGAUGACCAACUGAUAAGCAAUUUGAUAGUGAAAGGCUGCGUAACAUGUUCGAGAUGAGCAAGUGAAUUCGACUUUGAUAGCGAAAGGGUUCGAUUGUGGAUGAUGUACACACAGUCCUUUACGGGCAAACUGUUCUACAACAGCCUCUACUGUCGUAGUUACCUUUUAAGUCCCAAUAUCCACAUACACACUGAUCUCCCUAUACUUCCCUUAAGAAUAGUUGAGAGAAUUUGUCUUUAAGAUCAAAGCAUUUUCCUUUAGGUGAUCAUUUUAUUAAUUCUCAUAUCCUUUUCUCUUGGACACGUGUUGAUAGUGUGUAAGAGAAAAUUGAUGUUGGUCACCCUUGGAACUUUGAUGGGCAGUAUAGAGGGGUUAAAACAAGAGUGAAUGUAUGCGCCUCGGCAAGAAUGGCCGUUCUUGAGAGGUGGUCGUCAGUAGAGGUUGGACUGAGUGCAUUUUACAUUGCAGACAAGGGAAGGAGCCGUUGCUCCAGCUGAGACCGUUACAGAAGGUAUCUAUGACUACGCAGAGAACGUGGAAUCUGGAAGCACUCUGUCAACGCCUACAUCCAGCCACACAGGAGAAGCACCCUUUGCCUGUGAAGGACUCGGAGAUACUGUUAUUCACCUUGACAAGGUAUGCUGAAAUACAUUUAACUCCUCCUUCGUAUAACUGGAAGUGGGGUAUGCAGAGGAUUCUACCGUGGCCAGCCAGCCUUGUACCCCUCUUCCAGGCACUCGUCACAAUGAUUGAAAUGGUAAAAGCAAAUGUUGGGUAGGAUGGAGGGUAAUCUUAAAAAAACCGCUCCAAAUAAAGGCUCGGAAGUGCUGAAACAUCUACCACAUUGCCGCUACUAAUGUGAGCAUGCGCUUGUGAGUUUCACCGUUAGCCUUCAAGAGUCAGCUGAGCUCCCGACGUUUAACUUUGAUUUGUGAUUUAAUUAUAUGUAACUUCGUCUUGCGACAGAAGUCCAAGUAGCGGCCUGAACUAGUCAACUGUCAUUUGAAUAUAUUUCUCUUGAAGACUUAGUUUGUUAUUGUGAUUAUCAGUUCAAAAAAUUUUGUAGCUACAUCGAACUCUAGCUUGAUGUUGAACCUAUAAUUGAAUGUCAGUUACAUAGGACAGUUUUUUUUCGAAAACAUGACGCAUCGCGAAUUUUGGGUUAAAAGUUUAUUCUUAAUUGAAUGGUUUAAGUAUUCACAAAAAGGGGAAGGUAAACAAAUUAAGGAAGGUCUCUGUAUCUCUAUAAGAGGGUCCCAAAGCAUGAUAGUAAAUCUAAACUGCUUUAAUUGCCGUAUCCUAAGAGUUAUCAUAUUAGGCUAUCUAUAAGAUCUUACUUAGCGUGUCGUGUUGUCGUUUCAGGCUUUGAGCAGAAUGCGUGAGUAUGAAAGACUGCGAACAGAGGGGAAACUGAGUGAACUGGUAGCCAGUCAAUCUGCCGCAAGGGACAAACUCAUCAAAGAUGACGUUACUACGAGUUCUGCUGGUGACGUAGGGAGUGAAUCAUCAAUCUCUGAUGUGCAGGUUAGUCACGCGUUUUGGCGGACCACUGCGCAUGCAUUGGUGAAUACCUGGUAUUGUACCCCGCUAGAAGUGAGGGUUACUUUCAGCUGGUAUUGGGAAUUGUAAAGUAGUGGACAAAAGCACAGAAAGAACUCAUUUCUUCAGAAACUGAGGGAGCGGUUACUAAACACUAACUUUCGUGGCACUGUGAAACAUAUCAGCCCUUAUGAGCACAUUAUUUCAGAAGGGAUAUGUACAUAUAUAUUUUUCGGAAAUACAUGUGCAGUCUUGACUAGGUUCUUAUAGUAUUUAACAAUUAUUCCUCGAGCCCGAAUGAGCUCCAAGUCAAUAGCCCAUGAGGCCAAAGGCCGAAUGGGCUAUUGACUUGAUUAUUGUUUUAGUAAAAUCCAACUAGUUGGACAAAAAUAUAGAGACAAAACAACUUUGCUAGCAAAACGCGAUUCAGCCGCCAUUGUUUUGGUUUUCAUGCCGGCGCUUUUCGCUUCUAGUGGGUUAUAACACAUAGCCUAGUAGUAGCUCAACCAAACAGAACGUAGCAUUGAUAGUAGACCACUAGUUGAAAUAGGUUUAAUCCUUGUGGUCCCUAAUGAUCCCUAAUAGUAAUCAACCAUUCCACAGUAUCCCAGGAUUGACACACAAGCACUGGACCAUCUCAUCAAGUCCAUCAUGUCGGUGAGUGUGAUAAACAUACAUGCACUUGAUAAAACAUUGUCACCUUUUUUUCAAACCCCUCGUUUUAUCGUUGCUGUGUACAUAACCGCCUUUGACCUCGUUUUUUGCCAUCUUCAUGGAAAUAUUAAAAAUGCAACUUUCAAGACAACUUGCUUGAAUUGGGCAGUGCAAAGAUGAUCUUACCAGGCUUUCUUUUUUUACGAAGUAGCCGAAGGUUGUAUAUCCCUCAGGUAAAUUAGCUGCGUGCAGGUUUUGUUAAUUUGUUUUCUGGAAUGGUUGCCUUUCUUCAGGAAGUGAUUCCAUAUCUGAAUGAGCACAUGGAGGACAGCUGCUCCCCUGAUCUGCUAGGGUACAUUAGAAACUUGGUGUUAUCGAGGAUUCAGGUCAACGAAGAGCAGGUAAUUCUCAGCUUUAGUUAUUAAGGUAGAUACGUGCUGGGAUGACUAGUCGAUGGUAAGGUUUUCAUUGCUCUACAGGGUGUCCAUUGAUGACCGUCCUGUGUCUGGAUGGUAACCCUGUUUAACUAUCAGUCACUUUAAAGGAGCUGUGUCACGAAAUUCAGCCACAUUAGGAAAUUACAAAAUGCCCGUUAAAUUAAGAGAAACAUGAAAAUAACCGCUUAAAACUUUAAAGGAAGGCUAAAAUAACAUAACAGAAACAACAGAUGCCACGGAUGGGCAAACGUGAAGAAGAUUGAAACGGAUUGAAAUUAGGGUUUUUGAAAACUGUUCAGGCUAACAGUUUUUCAAAGUUGAUCCCUGCUGCUUGCAACUUCAAAAAUAAUGCUCAGGAGACAUAUUUGUUUGUCUCGGAUCUCUGAUUUUGUCAUUUACGUGUAGUUUCUUUGCUUACUUUAAGUUCCAUAGCGAUUGAGGGCGAGUAAUUGGCAAAAUUAAACAAAAUGAACUGAACUGCCAUGACACAGCCCCUUUAAGGUAUUUACCUGCCCUCACAAUGGCCAUCCUCUGCUUUCUCUUUGCUGUGGUCGUCAUUGAUUGGACGUGAAGAUCGUGAGAAUGAACGAAAUGGUCAACAAAGAUAACAGAUUAUCAACUUUUGUACUAGAGAUCUUUUUAUAGAACAGAGUGGAGAGAUCUAUGUUAUAUUAUGGAUUAAAUCAUCAGCUAUGAAAAAGUCAACAAAUAAUUAUAACUAAUACGUCUAUUUUGGUAAAGGCAACUUCCUUUCUUGGUGUAUCACUUGUUACAUUGUUUAUUCACUUGUUACAUUGUUCUUUUCUUGUGAAAGGAAUUUGGUAGAUUCUUUCAUAAACAGUUGGCUUCCAUUCUACAAGACUCACUUGCUAGAUUUGCAGAUAGAAAGUGAGUUGGCUUUCAUGUUUGUAGUUGUUUAUCCUUACUUGCAUUUGGACGCUAUAUAUUACAUCAGGGACAGGCUCACCCAUUGAUUUACCAACAAACAACCUUGAAAGAUUUUUGUUUCUUUAGCAGUAUUUUAACUCUUAGACUAGAUCUGAUCCAACUUCUGGAAAUGUAGAUUUUGGGAAAUGUGUGCCUUGUAGUUAGAGGGACAAUCAGAUUAAGGCGAAGAUGUAGGAAAGAAGCAGUGACGAAAAUGUUAUUAAUUCCACUUUCUAGGAUGAAAGACUGUGGUGAGGAUAUGCUGGUAGACAUGUCGGAGAUUCUCUUUAACGAGCUGGCGUUUUUUAGACUGAUGCAAGACCUAGAUGGGUAAGAUUUUUCUCUUGUUUGUUUCCACGCCAUUUCAUUGCAGUGUAUUAAGUGUAAUUAUCAGUGUACAUUACUUUGCCAUUGACUUAAUCAUUCCUUUCUAUUUCCUACAGAACUCGCGCAGUGAGUCAAAGACCAUCAUGGCGACAGGUUAGUUUUUACCGUCAAUGUACGGUGCCCAAACCAUUGCAUCUGUUAAUGUCUGUUUGUUGUUGUUGUUGUUGUUGUUUGUUGGUUGGUUGUUGGUUUGUUUGUUUUUUUCUUCAAACAUAAGCUUGCACUCAAGGGGAGUGUGAUUAAUGGCAGCAUUAUAUAAGGGAAUUUGCUUAUCUUUGUUUCUGUAAAGUAUUAUAAGACUUCGUGUCCCUAAUAAUGUAAAUAUUUAGUUACUUUGAUCUUUGGUUUUUAAUGUUUACUGUUUUUGGUUAUUUCCCUUAGCUGUGAUCAACUAAUGUUCGUAGUAGUUAUGGUAUUUGAAGUAUUUAUUAGCAGUACUGACUAGUAGUAGCAACUAGGUCAGUACGUUACUCUGUUCUUACUAGUGGUAAGAAAAGAAGUGCUCGGCAGUCAGUUUUUUGUUUUAAGCCUUAAACCCUUAUAUCAAUGUGCAGAUUAUCAACACUGUUCCUCGUACAUUUCCUGUAGUAUUUAUGAGAGGAAAUCGUUUUGCAGUCUAGACCUUUUUCACUUGUUGAUCCUUUCCUUUUAUCUCGAGGACUUUGACUGGGCAGUGUUAUCAUAAGGGGAAAUUAAACACUGGUCACUUUUACGGAGUGAAGGGUUAACCUAUUCUUGUAUGUUGUGUUGCGCCAGGGAUUUGAUUCCACCAGCACGGACACUGGAACUGGACAGGAGGGAGAUAAAGAGGACGCUGAUGAAACCAAAGAAAAGAAUGAGCAUGCGCCGGAAGACAGGUACACGUAUAAGUGCAGGUGAAGUUUUUUUGUCGCACUGCACUUUUUGAUUGUGUACUUGCUUGAUGGUUACAAUAUUAAUUCAAAGGGCCCAUAGAGGCUGUGAUCUUGAAAAAAUGGAUGUUGCAUUGAGCUUGGGACUCCUUAUUUAUAAACGAACUGAACCUCACGUGCUCGAUUUAGGAGAGGUGAAUAAGAUGCGAUACCCUGCUAAGUUUUGAUGCAUGAAGAACCUCUCUUAGCAGACUAGAAUUACCUUUUUAACAUUCAGGCGUAAUACAAUGCCGUCAGAGCUAGUUAGUAAAGCGUUAUCAGCACGAAUUGACUUUUGCUUGUUGUUGGCGCUUAGUGCGGUAGAAGACGAGGUAGUCGGGGCUGCUGGUGAACGUGAAGAGGCAGAGGGCGAGGAAAACGAAGAUGAGGAGGAAGAAGAAAGCAGUACUGAAGACUCCUCCUCAUCCGAGGAGUCAGGAGCCGAAGACGAGGGUGCGGAUGAUGAAGGACCAGAAGAUGACGAGGAGGAGGAAGAGGAGGCAGCUACUAUGCCCAUCACUAAGGAGCAACAAGAAGCUGAGGAAGAAGAACUUGGAAAGGUUUGUAAAUUUUCAAGUCACGUUAUUUCUUAGACUCAGCUCAAUAUAAAAGCAUUGAUCAAUUAUGUGGGUAAAAUAGACUUUUAACAAUAAUUGACACUUAUUUUGAAAGCUCUCUACUAAUACCUACUGUCGUUGUGCCUCACCCUUUAGCCCUUCAAAUUCUCUCCUACGACUUCUUUAAACCCCUGUUAGUGACAGUGAGAAACGGGAGGAACAUUUUUUUUCUAAAUUAUCAGUUUUAUUACGUUUCAAGGUGCGAGAUGACGUCAUGGCAAAUCAGUUUGAAGAGAGAUCGUCAAGGUAAACUUACAUUGCAAAAAGAUAUUCUUAAACGUUAAAUUGGAUAGCUGCCUUAUCCUUCCCAGUUGCAUAUCGACCUCUAGGUCUAUCUGUGAUAGACGUGUCAUGUUGUUAUUUUGCAUAUUGUACGAAUGAAGAAAGCUUGUUCUGAUGAAACAAACAAGCCACUCAGUCGAUACGCGACUAAACCUUUUCCUUUCUUGGCUUUACCUCACUUUAUCAGAAAGUGAACCAUACGUACCUAACAGAAGCGUUGUUGUCUGUUUCUCUAGUGUACAGGAUAACAGCAAUUUGGAUUCACCACAGGUAAAUUAUUUCUUCUUUCAGUGGUUACUCUUGUUAAUAUUGCUGGCAAUAUUUAUCUCCUGUUAGUUGUUACACUGACUUGCUGAAUCAAUUAAUUCGUUUUGUCCGUCAUCGUCUGAUUGAUUGUGUGAUUGAUUGGUUGGUUGGUUGGUUGAUUGUUUGGUUGUUUGAUUGAUUGAUUGAUUGAUUGAUUGACUGCUAUUAAUUGAUUGAUUGUGUGAUUGACUGGUUGGUUGGUUGAUUGAUUGAUUGAUUAAUUGAUUGAUUGAUUGAUUGAGUGACUGAUUGACUGAUGUUAAUUUCACCAGCUUUAGCACUUACAAUUAUAUUUUGUUUCUAAUUUUCUCUAAUUUCAGAAGUGUUUUAAGUUGGAGCUAUCAGCCAGUGAAUCAAAGCCUUUUUCAAGGUAGUUUAUUGACUCUGGUUCAAACUCAUCCCUAUGAGGAUGGUCUCUCCUAAUUUCAUCUUCUAGUGAGAAGAAAGAUCCCGAAAAUAUUUCUAGGCAUUGUAUUUGUAACGCCAUCACAUAGUAGAGGAGAGAAGUAAUCAAGUUAUCCAAAGCCCCAUUCACACCAAAGCUUAAACGUGUUUAAGAGCUGUUUACUUAAACACGGUUUAAAAUUGUUCCCUUCAUAAAAGCUGCUUACUGACUUUAAGUUGAUUGCAAAUUUGGUGCAAAUUACAUUUAAAUCCUUUGUAAAAACCUGUGUUCCAGUUUCCCGUGUCUGUUUUUCAUUUCUGGUUUAAUUAAACAUGUUUAGUUGGUGUGAAUAUGGCACAAGUGUUGAUAAAGUUCGUGACGUCUUAAGCUAAAAGUGGUAUUAAACUGAAGCGACUGUAAAGCGUCUGGAUAGGAUUGCAUGUGUCUUCUCUCCUUCUUGCUCUACCUGUGGCAUCUAGACCGGUCUGCAUUACGUAUCUUUGUUCGUCUCUUACUUUUUAUUUAAGUUUUGGGAGUGGUGAAGAAGACGGCGAGGAAUCAUUUGACGACUCUGAUGCCAGACGGAAGCUGGAAGAAUACCAAGGAAGCACAGCGGCUGCUGCCGCUGCUAACAGAGAUCAAGGAAACAACAGGGACGGACCCAGCGACAGUGACGAAAAUGGAGCUCCUCAGGAUGAGCAGCAACAAGCUGUAGAGGCGGCUGCUGAAGCUGCUGCAGCUGCAGGUGUUACCCCAUAUCUGCAAAAUGGACAGGUAAGUUGCAUUCAUUGACACUUGUAAGUAGACAUUCAAGUAAGCUAAUAUGUUCAAAAAACCUAUUGGGGAGAGAGUAGGGGAUAAAUGUUACAAAGUCCCCAUUUAGUCAGUGCUUCAAACGCCAAGGGAAAGAGCCAUCUAUUUAUUACUCCGCCUGUGCAUGUUAUGCUAAUUACUAUUUCAUGUCGUCUCACAACCCCAGUAGUGAAAUUCUCAGCAAUUUUGCGCUGUCAAUGCCUAGGGCAAGUCAGAUUACCAAUCUUUAAAAAAAAAAUAUGAUUAAACAAGUCAGCUGUAAACGGACAUCUCAUAAGCUUUUUGUUGUUUAAUGAUUUAAUGGCUGAUGUUGAUAGUACCAAGUCCGUGUUUGUUAUUUUGUCUGUUGCAGGUAGUUAAUGGUGAAGGGGAUAACGAGGUUGCGCUAGAUGACCUUCCUACUAAAUUGACUGGGUUGACGGAGGUAAGCAAGAUGGACAUACAAUCUCUUGUCAAAUUAGGUACAAUCGGUGACAAGAGUGGUCGAGACACUUCGUCCUAAAGGACCUCCUCAACGUUUUGAUAACUUACAAAAAGGAAAAUAAAGCUUUCCCUCCCCAAUCCCCUCCAUGCAAUGUUGUGCCGCUGUUCGAGCCAUCUUUAGAAAACAACAAACGCCCCACCUUUGAAUGGAGGGGAGGGGUGUCUCAACAGUUUUGUCGCUGAUUGUAGCUUUCCCAAGCCGGAUAGUAAAGAUUUGUGGUGUGAGCAUUGAAGAGAAUUUAAUUCAUGAGGAUGUGGUUUAACGUGCUUCUGGCCUUGGUGUCCUCAGGCUGACUUGCAAGCCAGAAUUGCAGAGGAACAAAGCCGUACUGAGGGAUCUCCGGCUGUUAUCGCACACCUAGACGGAUUACCAGGUAAAUGAACUCCAGAGAGGAAAAUUUCUUUCAGAAGACUAAUAGUACCUUUUGCUGGAAAACGGAUCAGUUUUGUUAGGAUAUUAUUCGAUAACAUGGGGAGUUCAGUGCGAAAUAGUCUCAAAGUGCAGCUUAGAAUGGUCUUGUGUAGGGUAAGCGUUUUAAGAUUCCAGUGACACACUUCCAAGAGAGGAUAUCCAGAGUUGUUAAUGAGUUGCGUCAUUGGUCCUGUGUCUCGGGUGUUGACCCUAGAAAAGAAAGGGUUGUGUAAGACUGACGGCUUUGAGAGCUCUGCAGUGUGCUGUGCCACUGUGCACUAGGUUUACCCAAACAUUUGUGUAGACUUUCCUAACGACCUACUUGAUCGGUUGCUUCCAUGAAUCAGCUGAUCAGUUUUUUUGUCUUGCCCCUUCAGAACUUGCGGGAGAUCCAGAAGCCCUUCGCGAACCAGGUAACAGUUGCUAGUACUUGUUUGUUUGUUUUUCUUUUUUAUAAUCAUUGCCCAUUUAGGAAGCUAUGUCCUGUUUCUUAAUUACAUGUCGGGGCAUGAAUAUCAAAAUGGAAGUCUCCUUGUGUUUGUUACAAUGUACGAUGUCUCCUUUCGUUUUCAGAAUCAUCAGAGAUGCCACUUAACGGAUUGCAUCAACCGGACAAAUAAUUCCCUUUCAAGAUAAGAUGUGUUCAAGUUAGAAACUUUUUACGAUGUGUACAACUAAAAAGGAUGGCUAUUCGACAGCGUAUGCCGUGAUAAUGCUGAAGAACACACGCUUCUUGCUUGCUUGGUGUUUUUUUCAAUGGUUGAACCCGAUGUAUAACUUGGUCAGAUUCCUUGUCGUAGUCAAGAAAAGAUGAGGAGAGAGCUCAUUCAGCCUUAAGCAUCAGAAUGUUUGCGGUUUGUGUUUGGUUUUAACGGAACAGAGACAGUGUUGUUGUCAGUAUUUUUACCCGGGUGGACAUGGCUCUUUUCAUAUUUGCACGCAUUUCACUUUAAACCUUCCAUCAUCAUAUUAAGUGUAGUUUGAUAUAAUAAAAAUGCCUAUUUAAGUACUCAGGGACAGAAAGAAAUUAUACGUCUUGCCGUAUUUUACAGAAAUGUCAUGUCAUUGGCAGUUUUCAAAUUCUUUGGCUCAUUGUGAAGUGGGAUCCCUUUUUUCGAGGGGAAAGAGGAAAAUUUCCAUCCUCGAUGUGGACUUCGCUUGCAAACGUUGUGAUGUGGUUUAAACCAUGAACUCGUGUUACGAGGUCUUGUUUCAGCUUUUACAGGAAAACUUCAAAGUUAGAGAAUGUCGAGAGACAUUUGGAACGAGGUUCUUUUUGGCAUUUACCUCGUUUGCCAGACAAAGAUAACAUAAAACGAAAGAACAAAAACAAUGAAGCAAUACUAAGCAGAUUUUUCCCUGAACAGAAAACAGAGAGGUCUUUUGUUUUACGUCAUAUAUGUCCGAUACAUGAAGUUUUGACCUUGUUUUUUCUAUACCCAAACCGACGUUAAUACCCUGGGCCUAGUUGUUGGAAGGCUAACUAGCAGUAACCCCGACUUAAAUUCCAAUCCUCCAAGUUUCUUUUUCUUUUGCUAAAAAGCAUUUUCUUCAAUAACGUUUUUCAUUCUCUUCAGAGCAUCCAAUCAUCAAAUUGUAGAGAAAAACAAUUAAUGUGAAUUCGAUUUUUAAGCUUUCAUCGCAGUAGCCUUGGGUUAGUUUGACCCAGCUUUGAGCAACCCGUCCCUGGCCAAUACCAUGUCCACUACCAUUACGCAGAGGCCAUUAAAUGAACCAAUAAGAUCAUUACUUAAGUACAGAAAGCCCCCGCCGGCGACUGCAAAAAAGCUGGCGAGUGAGCUUACAUUUUGCUUCAGUUUUCUGCAUUUUGGGUGAGUGAUUGGCGGAGUCCUUCCACAAUGUUACAAUGAACAGCUAAUCAAGACAUUGAUUUAAAUAAACCGCUCUGUUUCUUCCGUUUUUCGCAUGCUGCCUCCAAUACAUUUCUUGGCAGCUAAAAUUUCUGGUAACUUAUUUUAUGUCUUAUCAUUCGUUUACACUCUUAGACUGUUCUAAUCUAUUCUAGAGACCAUUGUUCUUCAAUAAUAACAAUAUUCUUCGUUUAGUUGUAAAGAUCUUAAAAGAACGGAAAACAGAAACACAUCAUUGAAGUAUCCCAGUUAAGCCUGGUUUCUAUUUUGCAACCAUCCCUGUGAUUGCUGAGGGAAAAUGUCCAGCGUCUAAAACAGGUAAAUGGAAAGAUCUUUUUAACGAUCGUUGGGAUAGACUUAACUUACGUCGUAAGGCAUAACCUUAAGGGUCAUUCGCUUUUGCAAUUUUAAAUUACAAGUAUGGCUAUUGUCUUCCGACACUUGUAUUAAAAGGUUUUAGGAAUUGACUGGUUUCGACAUGACCCGUCAAAUCCCUGAUUUCAGAAGAUCAGGACUGAAAAUUGGCUUUUCAGAAAACCUGCAUUUUAUUCAGAGAGAGAGAGUUUAGACAUUGCCAUCACCGUCGUACGCUGUCCUACGUGAAUUUUUUUAUGGCAUUGGUAAGAGACGAAUUUGACCCCAUAACCCGUCUAAAUUAUUAGGUUGUGUUAAAUAAGACUGCCUCAGACGAGCAAUUGGUCUCUAGUAUGGAUUGGAAAAGUUUAAUAGUUUACAUGGUGUUUGUUAAAAAGUUAUUUGUUUGACCUUUAAGCGUUGGUCAUCUGUUUUGUCUGAUAUAAAUACACAGCUUAAUAAUUUAUACUAGUGUGAAAUG